AUGGGUAAUAAUUCUUCCAAGAAACGUUUCUCCCUGAACAUACAAAGCCAAUCUAAAAUCAAUGAGGGUUCUAUAAAUGACAAGGAAAGUGCGAAAGACUUGAAAGAGAAUGGGAAUGGAUAUUCUCAUUAUACUGGCUCUCUUAAUUCACUACCAAGGAACCUCUUAUCUGUUGAUACUAAUAACUCUCAAAGUAAUAUGUCACCUAAUUCAGAAGAAAGUUCUCCGAUCUCACCAUCUUCACCUUCAACACCAAUGGAGAGAAUUCUCAUGCGAACAAAUGAAGACAAUAAUGAACUUUCUUUAAACGGUCUUAAUACUCCUGUCACCCCCACUAAUGGGAGUAUUCCAAAUUCUUUUACCAGGGAUCGUCCAAGAUCUUUCGACAUUGAUGAUAUGAUACGACGUUUAAUCAACGCUGGUUCUUCUAAUAAAGUUUCUAAAACAGUAUGUCUCAAAAAUAAUGAAAUAAAUGCAAUCUGUCAAUCUGUUCGAGAGAUAUUUUUAUCACAACCAACCCUUAUUGAGCUUUCACCCCCUGUUAAAAUUGUCGGUGAUGUUCAUGGUCAAUAUUCUGAUCUUUUACGUUUAUUUGAAAUGUGCGGUUAUCCUCCUAUGGCUAAUUAUUUAUUUUUGGGUGACUACGUGGAUCUUUAUGGAUUCUAUGAUGAAUGUAAACGUAGGUCGAACGUCAAAACAUGGAAAACUUUUGUCGAUGUAUUUAAUUGUAUUCCUAUCGCGGCAAUUGUAGCCAACAAAAUAUUUUGUGUACACGGUGGACUAUCUCCAUCACUCAGUUCUAUGAAUGAAAUUAGGGGUAUUCAGCGUCCUACUGAUGUGCCAGACAAUGGUCUUCUUAAUGAUCUUUUAUGGUCUGAUCCAUCAGAAACAGCUGUUGACUGGGAGGACAAUGAGAGAGGUGUUAGUUUUUGUUUUGGAAAAACUAUUAUCCGUGAGUUUUUGGAACGUUAUGAUUUCGAUCUUAUAUGCCGUGCACAUAUGGUAGUAGAAGACGGUUAUGAAUUCUUCAAUGAAAGGACAUUGGUUACUGUAUUUUCUGCUCCAAAUUAUUGCGGUGAAUUUGAUAAUUACGGGGCUGUGAUGAGCGUAAAUGAGGAGCUUUUAUGCAGUUUCGAGCUUCUUAAACCACCUGAUGCGAAGCAACAGCAACAGUCAAAGACAAAGAAGCGACCUAGUCCGCCUGUUCCGGGCGUUCCCCAGUCG